CAUGAUCAAUUUCAUUCUUAUGGUUAACAAAUAAGGAUAAACAAGAUUAGCAUAAUAUUUUCAAUUUCUCAGUGUUAAGGAAAGAAUGACACUUGAAGGAGAAUUGAUUCGUAAAUGUCUUUCCAGAAAUGAAACCCAAUGUAGUUUUCUUGAACAUAGAGGAUACAAGGUAAUAUAAUAUAUAUAUCUCAUUAUAUAGAUUAUUUACAGAAGAUAUGCCUCACUUUAUUUCAUUAUUGGAAUGGAUUUAGAAGAAGAGGUAAUUCUAUAUCAUAAUUAUGAAGAAUGAAAUGGCUUAUUUAGAAUUUAUACAUAAUUUAGUUGAAACCCUUGACAAAUAUUUUGAAAAUGUUUGCGAAUUAGAUGUAAUCUUUUUAUUAAUUUAGAUAAUGUUUAACAUUGAAAAAGCUCAUUACAUUUUGGAAGAAAUGGUAAUGAAUGGUCAAAUUGUGGAAACUAAUAAGACUUAAAUAUUAGGUAUUCAAUCUUUAUCUAAACUAAGCUCCAAUUCAUGUCUUAGAUAAGGCUAAAGAUGAAUGAU